CUUUCAGCAGUUAUAUCCAAUAAUUGGGUUUAUUUCAAAAAAAAUAAUUAAAUUUAUUUUCUAUAAAGCAAAUGUUAAUUUACUUAUUACAAUUUUUUUCUAUAUAAAAUAAUUAACUUUGAAAGAUGAAUAGUGCCAAUCAAGUAUAUAUAUAAAUAUAUAUUCCUAGGAACCGAAGGAAAACGUACACAACUUACACACAAUUUUGUUCCUCCCUCGCCAUAUCUCUUCCUUUAGACGAAACCUGAUAUUUUCAAGAACCAUAAAAAAAGAAAACCUCGUUCAAUUAUUUGAAAGCAAAUAAAUGGAAACAAAUAAUAAUAAUAAUAAUAAUAAUAAUAAUAAUAAUAAUGCACCGAGAUGGACACCAAGUCCAAGCCAAACAAGACCACUGGCUAAAACAGGUACAGAAGAUGAUGAAGAAAAGAAAAUAACGAGGGGUUCCAGCAGUUUAAGGAAGUAUUUUCCAUUUAGUUUAACAAGUAUUAGUAUGUCAUCUUCACUACCUCCUGCUGUAUCAUCAUUAGCUGAUCAUGAUGAUGAUGUUGAUUUCAAUAUGGAGCUUGGUAGCAAUAAUAAUAAUAAUAAUAAUAAUAAUAAUAAUGGUCAUGAUGAUGUGUCUUUGACAUGGAAAGAUUUAUGGAUUACGGUUAAGGCUGGUAAAGGUGGUAGUGAUGGUGCCGACGAAAUUGGAGGGCAACGCUCUAUUUUACAAGGGGUAGCUGGUUUUGCUAAGCCUGGACAAGUCUUAGCUGUUAUGGGUCCCUCUGGUUGUGGCAAAUCCACUCUUUUAGACGCUUUGGCAGAUUUGUGUGUGACCGUCGCUAAUAAUGGCGGGGACAGCGGCGGACGACGCCCCAUCUUAGAAGAUGUGAGUGGUUUCGCAUCCCCUGGACAGGUCUUGGCUAUCAUGGGACCUUCUGGAUGUGGCAAGUCAACUCUUUUAAAUGCGUUAGCGGGAAGACUAGGUUCAAAUACCAGACAAACAGGGGAAAUUUUGAUCAAUGGUCGAAAACAAACUCUUGCUUUUGGAACUUCAGCAUAUGUAACUCAAGAUGACACUUUAAUGACAACAUUAACAGUAAAAGAAGUUGUAUACUACUCAGCUCAACUUCAACUGCCAGAUUCAAUGACUAAAUCCCAGAAAUUAGAGAGAGCUAAGGAUGCAAUUAGAGACAUGGGUUUACAAGGUUGUGUUAACACAAGAAUAGGAGGUUGGAGUGUUAAAGGUCUUAGUGGAGGACAAAAGAGAAGAGUUAGUAUUUGCAUUGAAAUCUUGACAAAACCAAGGUUAUUGUUCUUAGAUGAGCCUACUAGUGGUCUUGAUAGCGCAGCUUCUUAUCAUGUCAUGAGCCGAAUCAUCAAGCUUGCCAAACAGGAUCAUAGGACAGUUAUUGCAUCGAUUCAUCAACCGAGCAGUGAAGUCUUUGAGUUGUUCCAUAAUCUUUGCCUCCUCUCAUAUGGAAAGCUUGUGUAUUUUGGUCCCGCUUCAACUGCUAAUGAGUUUUUCGCUUUGAGUGGCUUCCCCUGUCCAAGCAUGCGAAACCCUUCAGAUCAUUACCUAAGAACCAUCAACAAAGAUUUCGAAACUGCUGAUAUUGAGCAAGGUUUUGGUGGAAAGAAGAGCACUGAAGAAGCAAUAAACACGCUGGUCGAUUCAUACAGAUCAUCACAAACAUAUUCAGAAGUACAACAACAAAUUUCAAUGAUAUGCCAACAGGGAGGAGGUUCAACCGAAUCAAAAAGAAAUCAUGCGAGUUUCAUCACACAAUCGAUUGUUCUCACCAAAAGGUCAUUCGUGAACAUGUAUCGUGAUUUGGGGUACUACUGGCUUCGGCUUGCAAUCUACAUUGCACUUUGCAUAUGUGUGGGGACUAUAUUUUAUGAUAUUGGAAACUCUUACGGUUCAAUUCAGGCUCGAGGAUCAAUGCUCAUGUUUGUUGCAGCAUUCUUGACAUUCAUGGCAAUUGGAGGGUUCCCUUCUUUUGUUGAAGACAUGAAGAUUUUCGAGAGAGAAAGACUAAACGGACACUACACUGUUGGUGCCUACACAAUUGGGAACACACUUUCUUCAAUCCCAUACUUGCUCAUCAUAUCUCUAAUUCCAGGAGCAAUAGCUUACUAUCUUGUACACCUUCAAAGAGGAUUCAAUCACUUCAUAUACUUUGCAUUAGUACUAUUCGUAUGCAUGAUGUUAGUCGAGAGCCUAAUGAUGAUCGUAGCAAGUUUAGUUCCCGACUUUCUAAUGGGUAUCAUAACGGGUGCUGGAAUCCAAGGCGUAAUGAUGUUGAACGGAGGGUUUUUUCGCUUGCCCAACGACCUUCCUAAGCCAUUUUGGAAGUACCCAAUGUACUAUAUUGCGUUUCACAAGUACGCGAACCAAGGGUUCUAUAAGAACGAGUUUGAAGGAUUGGUAUUUCCAAACAAUCAAGUAGGAGGAGCAGCAACCAUUACAGGAGAACAAGUUUUGAGGAACUUCUGGCAAGUUGAAAUGGGAUACUCAAAAUGGGUAGACCUUGCCGUCUUAAUUGGUAUGGUGGUAGUUUACAGGUUCAUGUUUUUGGGAAUUAUAAAGUUAACUGAAAAAUUAAAGCCUGUUAUCAGAUCUCUUAUGUCUGCUCCUCCUAAGCAUUCUGAUCAAAUGUAACUCCAGGUUUCAAAAUCAUAACUUAUGUGUGAUAUGUUUAUUUUUAUUAUUUUUGUUUGAGAAUGUAUCAGACUAUCAGAUUUAAUGGUGAUGUAAAACAUUACAUAUAGAGCUAAGAAAAGUUUUUUUGUUAUGUUCA